UUUUUUCUAUCUGAUACCGAAGAAAAAGAGUAUAAUGAGAAACACGAGUCCAGUCAUUCGUUUAUCUCUGUCUCCUUAAAACUCGAUCUUACGCUUGUGUUUCAGUUUCAGUUUCAGUUUCAGUUUCAGUUUCGGUUUCAUCUCUUUCCAUCACUUCCAUCUCCAGGGCAUUCAACAUGGCAGAUUCAAAACCAGGAUUGAGGAAGCCGGUGUUUACCAAGGUUGAUCAGCUUCGCCCAGGGACCAGUGGGCACACUUUAACCUUGAAGGUGGUCAAUACUAAGAUGGUGGUGCAAAAAGGUCGUGCUGAUGGUUCUCAACCCCGUCAAAUGCGACUUGCUGAGUGUUUGGUUGGUGAUGAGACUGGAAUGGUCAUAUUCACUGCAAGAAAUGAUCAAGUGGAUUUGAUGAAGGAGGGCAGCACUGUAGUCAUGCGGAAUGCCAAAAUUGACAUGUACAAAGGAUCAAUGAGACUCGCUGUGGACAAGUGGGGCCGUGUUGAGGUCGCAGAACCUGCUAGUUUCACUGUUAAGGAAGAUAAUAACUUGUCCCUGAUUGAGUACGAGCUGGUGAAUGUUGUGGAAUGACUUGCUGGACACUCUGAAAAUUGUGCUGUGUUCUAAUAAAAAACUCAAAACAAAUCAAGAAAAUAAAUCUACUUUUGUUCAUGGGACAUUUUCUGAUCAUGCUCAUCGUCAUUCACCUUGCUAGGAAUAGAAAUUUGUGUAGCCAAGCAGUACCAGCAGUUGCUUUUAACUGUUGCGACAGACUCAGAUGAAUCUUGAAGCUCAUGCUCUGAACAGAUGUGGCUAUAACUUGUAAUAGGAAGAAGAAAAUGGGAACUAGCUUUUCCAGAUCAUGCUUUUUGUUAUGCUAUCUAUUUAUAGUUUUAUAUUUGGAUUUAGUACAUCUUCCUCCUACUUGGAUUAUAUGUAUCAGAAUAUUUUGGCAGGUGAAUGUUUAUCCUUAUUUUAUUUCUUUGUUCAA